AUGGAACCAAACUUUGACCUUGAAGAAAUAACGCUCACUGGCAAAGCUCUCCGGGCAAUUAUGCAGAAAACCGCGCAGUUCGGCGUGAACAACUAUCUAUCGCUCAAUAAGGACUGCCACGAAAGAUGGAACUAUCAUAAUGCAUUUUUCUUCGCGGGAACAUUGGCAUCUACCAUUGGCUAUGGCAACAUCGCUCCUGAAACUAAGUAUGGCAAGAUCUUCUGCCUGGCUUUUAUCUCAUUUGGAAUUCCGUACUUUGCCUACAUGAUGUCAGCAAUAUCGGACUUGAUCAACCACCAAAUGGACCGGAUCCGCGACUGGCUGGAAAAGCAUGUCUUUCCCGACGGAGUCAACUACUAUUUCAUUCCAAGUUGCUAUACCUUUGGAGGACUCAUCUUUUUCAUCGCAAUUCCGAGCUACAUAUUUACCAUUAUGGAAGAUUGGACGAUGCUAGACGCGAUCUAUUACAGCUUCAUUUCUCUCUCGACGAUUGGCUUCGGUGAUUUUAUUCCGUCCAUGGAACCGCCAAAUAAAUACGCAGAAUAUGUCCGAAACGACACUGCUUGA